AGGGGGUCGCUCGGUAUAUACAGGAAUAUGCUGAAACAUAAGAAACGUUAACGACGGCUAAACUAUUAUUACUGUUUUGAACUUCCAAUUUUUAUUUGAGUUGCUUUGGAAACAUUAUUCCGGAUAUUGUCUUGAAGUAUUUUCGUAGUCUGCGACUGCCACAUUAUUAGGCUCUGAGAAGUGUGUGAUUUUAUGUGUUUGUUUAGCUGUGCUAGCUGCAGGCUGUCACUAGUAUCGCAGGGCUGCUAGCUGCUAAUGUGAAUGGACUCUGUGGUCAGGUUAAUGUCUGAUUUGUAGUGCGAAUGGAUUGUUUCAUUUUAAUAUGUGCGGUGUCUUCGCAGAAGUUUAUUGCUGAGCGGCUUGCUGGUCUGAUUUUAUAGCUAGUGUGGGUUGACGUUAUGCAGUCAUGUGCAGUUCACUCGACUAACGUUAGAUGUCUAGAUAGUUAGUUGGUUAAUUUAGUCAGAUUAUUGGUCGUCCCCCUUGUUUCAACAUGAAACCUACAAGGAAGGCUUGUGUGGUCCUGAUUCUGGCUGUGGUUGUGAUAUUGCAAGUGACAGCUGAUAUUCCUUUGAAUGAUAGGAAUGAUGGUGUCACAGAGGAUGGUCAGUCUCAGAGCACAGAUGAUAAUGGUGGAUCCAGAAUUAUGGCAGGUCAGGCGUACGUUCCUAAACAUGCCCAGACUGAGAGAAGCACAACAGAUACUAGUGUCGAGAGCGAGGUUGAGGGCAUUGAAAAAGAAGAUCUUCCAAGUCAGCCCCCUCCAGCAAAGGAGUAUCGUAAGGAGGUUCCGGUGGUGAAUGGCGGCACAGCCUCUGGGGAACCAUGUAUCUUUCCCUUUAUGUUCCAAGAGAAAGAGUUCUCUGAUUGCACUACUGAGGGCAGAGAGGAUGGGAGGCUGUGGUGCGCCACAACCUAUAACUACAACACUGAUAAGAAGUGGGGCUUCUGUGAAACGCUGGAGCAGUCUGAGCAGAGGAGAUUGAUGGAAGAGGCUGAGAAACAGUACCAAACCACAAUUAAGAUGAUAAAUGGCACCAACAGAAAGAGCCAGAAGAAGGAGUUGUAUGAAAAACUUUUGAAGAUUGCUGAGAGGGGUCAUGUCAAGGCCAUGGAGAAGGUGGCAUAUGCCAUGUUGUUUGGAGACUAUUUACCCCAGAGCGUUCCUCAGGCUAAGGAGAUCUUUGAGAAACUGGCACUGGAUGGAUCCCCUAAGGCUCAGACAGCACUUGGUUUCCUGUAUGCUGCAGGAUUAGGUGUGAACUCAAGUCAAGCAAAGGCAUUGGUGUACUACACCUUUGGAGCUUUAGGUGGAAACCUGGUAGCACACAUGAUUCUGGGCUACAGAUAUUGGGGAGGUGUUGGGGUUCCUCAGAGCUGUGAAUCUGCUCUCACUCACUACAGACUGGUGGCCAAUCACGUGGCCAGCGAUGUGUCCCUGACAGGGGGCAGUGCAGUACAGCGGAUCCGUCUCUUAGAUGAAGUGGAAAAUCCUGGUUCUAGCAGUGGAAUGCUAGAGGAGGAUUUAAUCCAGUACUAUCAAUUCUUAGCUGAGAAAGGAGAUGUACAAGCCCAGGUGGGGCUGGGCCAGCUUCAUUUGCACGGAGGUAGAGGUGUAGAACAGAACCAUCAGCGAGCAUAUGAGUACUUUAACCAAGCAGCAAAUGCAGGGAACACACAUGCAAUGGCCUUCCUUGGAAAGAUGUACUCUGAAGGCAGCGAUUAUUUGCAUCAAAACAACGAGACCGCUCUCUAUUAUUUCAAAAAGGCUGCAGACUUGGGUAACCCAGUUGGCCAGAGUGGCCUUGGUAUGGCUUACCUCUAUGGAAGGGGUGCUCCUGUGAACUAUGACCUGGCACUGAAGUAUUUUCAGAAAGCCGCAGAACAGGGGUGGGUGGAUGGACAGCUACAGCUGGGAACCAUGUACUACAAUGGCAUUGGUGUUAAGCGAGAUUAUAAGCAGGCCCUUAAAUUCUUUAACUUGGCAUCUCAAGCGGGUCACAUCCUGGCCUUCUAUAAUUUAGCCCAGAUGCACGCGACGGGCACUGGAGUCAUGCGCUCAUGCCACACCGCAGUGGAGCUCUUCAAGAAUGUUUGUGAGCGGGGUCGCUGGUCUGAGAGACUCAUGGCAGCAUAUGGAAGUUUUAAGGAGGGCGAUUUGGACUCUGCUCUGAUUCAGUAUCUACUGUUGGCUGAACAGGGCUAUGAGGUCGCUCAGAGCAACGUGGCAUUCAUUCUGGACCAGAGGGGGUCACAGAUCUUCAAUGAGAAUGAGACAUACCCACGAGCUUUGCUUCACUGGACAAGAGCAGCUGCCCAAGGCUACACAGUGGCCAGAAUUAAGCUUGGGGACUAUCAUUUCUAUGGCUAUGGCACUGAUGUGGACUAUGAGACUGCAGUCAUUCAUUAUCGUCUGGCGUCUGAACAACAGCACAGCGCACAGGCCAUGUUUAACCUGGGCUAUAUGCAUGAGAAGGGCCUUGGUAUCAAACAGGACAUUCAUCUGGCUAAACGUUUCUAUGACAUGGCUGCAGAGGCCAGUCCUGACGCCCAGGUGCCUGUGUUCCUAGCUUUGUGCAAACUAGGCCUCGUCUAUGCAUUACAGUACACACAGAAUCUCAAUCUAAAGGAGCUUGCAUCUCAGUUGGAUCUUGAUCAGUUACUGGGUCCGGAGUGGGAUCUCUACCUCAUGACCGUCAUUGCUCUGCUCUUGGGCACAGUAAUAGCGUAUCGGCAGAGACAGCACCAAGCCAUGCCCAGAGCACCGCCGGCACCCCCUAGACCCCCCGGUCAACCUGAGCAGCCUGCCGAAGAACCUGAAGAACAAUGAGAGCGCUGGGAUCAGGGUGAGGGUGACUACUUGGACUAAGACUGAAGGAAAUGAGGCCCACUAGUUUCUCCCCUCUCUAGGACAGCCACUAACACCUUCACCCAGCUGUGGUCUUUAAUCUUAAAAAAACCUUAAGAGCUCUCUGGGCUCUUUAUGCUGCCCUGUCCAACGCUCUCUAGUUUUUCAGCUUCAGGAAAACGAGAGCUUGUACGAUAUCUUAAAUGUGCACCUCAGGGUUUUGCCAGGUGGAAUAACAUUUGUGCAAAUCAACGCUCACUAUGUGGGGGAAAAAGAGACAGCAUCGCUGGAUGAAUUAUAGUAGUUGUGCUUUCUGCUUUCAACUGUGCUAAACGCCAAGGAGAGAACCUGUUGAUUCUGUGCAACCCAUUCAGAUUCUUUUGUUAGUAUUAAGCCUGGUACAAAUCUUAAUUUGGACAUCAUGCCUCCAUUCUUAUAGCUGUUGUCCAGUAAAUUUCAAUUUGUUGAAAAACUAAUAUCUGGAGUUGUUAAAAUUUUCCAGAAAGGGGGUUUAUAUUUUUUUCUUCCUUCGCACACAGAGAAUAAAGAUUCUAACUGUUGAAAGGGUUGCUGUGUUUGGCUAUAAUACAACUUGUUUUGCAUUACAUCCCCUUUUUAGUUCUUUUCGUAGCUACAGGGAUCGAAUGGUCUCUAACUCCUUGAUUAUUAUUGUGUAAUGUCUGCAACUCUGAAAUCUGAAGCGAUUAUUUUGUUUCAGUAUGUGGCUGUUGAUGUACAAACUCUCACUUUAGAGGAAAAAAUAGUACAGAUCAUUUACAUUGUGAGCAUGUCUAGAAUGAAAGAUGGCUGUCGUUUCAGGUGAUAUAGCAAUACUGCAAUGUUUGGCAUGAAGAUUUGUAAAGAAAAGAUAUGGGCGUAAGAUGAGAAACUAGAGUGUUUUUUACGAAGAGAUUCGCCAGAACACCUGCCUGUUUUUGCAUAGUUGUACUUAUUCAGCAAUGGUUUGGAAUUGUAUAAAUAAAAAUAACAUAUUAUUUUUUUCCAUGUUCUUAAAACCCAUCAUAAUGCAAAAAUAACACAGCACGAGACUAUAAAAAGACAAUUAUUUCGUUUUCAAAAUUGCUAUGUUUAUAAAUGACUAAUAAAAAAACGAUGGGUUCACA